AUGCCCAAACAGGACUUCGAUUCAGCUUCUCUUCCACGUGACGAUACGACCGUGCAACCGAAAUCAGCUCUUCCCCAUCCUAGCCAACUUAUAGGUAUAAAGCAACAGUCACCUGCGGUAUCACCAGCCAAAGAACCCGCUCGUCCAAGCUCGACCCCGGCACAAGUUUUUCCAGAGCCUCCACGUCAAGUUCCUGCUAAAAGGUCAAAUAUCAUGAACAUUUUAAAUGAUGAUGCUGAAGAACCACCGUCUCGAAAGAAGUUUGCGAGUGACCAAUCCUCAGCGGCAAAUACUCCACAGUUAUACUCCAUAUCACAUUCAAUGUCUCAGCAAUCGCAACUUCCCCCUCGCGAAGAGUCGGUACACUCUAGCAGGCAGCUACAGCAUCAAAGGUCGCACUAUCUGCCCCAGCAGUCACAAGUACCGCAACAAAAUCAACUAUCAAAUACUCCCUCCCGCUCAUACCCCGAAUAUUCUAGCUAUUCUGUUGGCUCUGUGACUGGAUCUGGGACGGCGACCCAGGAUUGGAUGGCCAGGCUAGACCCGAGGGGUCAGCAACAGUCUCAAGCAACCGACCAUGGUCUUUCCCGUUUACCAGCUCAGCAAGCCCCAUCCCUAGGAUACAUGAGCACCGCACAACAGGCCACAAACUCGGGGUCGAAUCUUCACCAGCAGGCACAGCAGCAGCACCGUUCGUCAUACAACCCGCAACCCUCACAGCCGGUACAGCAAUCUCAGCCCGCCGGGUUCCAGGGCCAAUCUCAACAUCAGUCAAAUAUUAACCUUGGGAAACGUGAUUCUCCCUUGACAUUACAAGCCCAGCCUUUUCAUCCAUCUUCCCCACAGCAUCGUCACACCUCAGUACCUUAUUCUCGACGGACAUCACAGCAGCAACAGCAGCCAUCUUCCCCACUCCACAUUUCAGCAUCAGCCCUACCCCAAACGCAGCAGCACUCUUCAUAUACUCAGAGCCACUUGAGUCAGCCACCGCAACGUCAGCAUCAUUCUUCAGCUAGGCAUCAGCUUGGACACAACCCCCAGCAUAAUGGACAGAGUGGCAGCGGGUCUCAACACAUGCAGCACAUUGUUCCGCCUACGUCCCCUCACCAUCACCCCACAUCAUCACUACGCCAAUCUCAACAGCAGCAGCACCAGCACCAGCCCCGACACCACCAACAGCAACAGCAACAUCACCCUCAACAUAUCUCCCCUCUUGGUCUAGGAAAUCAACAUAGUACUAGUUCAUUCGGUCACAAUCCGUCACACCUACAACCGGCUCAUCGGACAUCCAGCAAUAUCUCGAUUUCUUCACCGAACCCGCAUCAGAACGCAAAUCUUGGGAGACCUUACACUCCACCAUCCGCUUUGCACCAACCUUCCCCAGGCGGACCUUCUUAUUCUUCUGGUAUUGUUGCUCCCCACCCCAAUCAGGGACCGCAACAACAAGGGUUACACCCAAUGCACCAGCACCAGCACCCGAAUCAGCAUCAACACCAACAACUUCAUUCUAGACUCCCUGGACCGACCCAUCACCGCGCUUACUCGCAAGAUUCGAGACAAUGA